AUGGACCGAGAGUUGUAUCCCUUUGCUGAGGACAGUUUUAGCCGCUUCCCAUCGCAAAGCAAUAUUUACGGACUUUGUCAAGCAGGAGAGCAUGAGCUGCUAGCGGCUACACUUAAAGGGAAGGUGGUCAGCUUCACAUACCAGGAACUACAGCAGAAAAUAAGACCAGUAGCAAAAGAAGUUCAGUUCACCUACAUACCAGUUGAUGCAGAGAUUGUCUCAAUUGAUGCAUUCAAUAAGUCUUCACCCAAAAGUGGCCUUGUUGUCGGCAUCACAUUUAUCAAGGACUCAGGUGACAAAGCCACCCCUUUCCUGAACAUCUACUGUGACUAUGAGCCUGGCUCAGAGUUCAACCUAGAAUCUAUUGCGCAAAGUUGUCUCAAUCUGGAAUUGCAGUUCACACCCUUCCAGCUAUACCACACGGAAGUGCAAAGGGAUGACAGCGUCAGAGAAACUGUGUUUCUUCUCAGUGGUCACGACCAGAGAGUCCACCUGUACAAGGAGAAUGCAUCACUGCACCAGUUUGAAGAGCAGCCGGUGGAGAGACUCUUUCCAGAGCUACAGCAAUUGCCCAGCAAUGUGUUAUGGAUGGACAUGUUGUGCAUACCUGGAGGCCAACGACUGUCGGCAUUUGGCUGUCAAAAUGGCUGUGUUGGACUAGCUGUGGUCAAACAGUAUCCACCAGAAGUUUUGCAGAGCUGGCGUGUUCAGUUCGACAGUCCCAUCUCCAUUGUGCUGCUAUUUCCUCUCAUCGGCCAAACAGAGCUGCCGAGUGGAGAAAAAGGUUUUGGUAAUGAAGGCUACAAUCUACUGGUGACCAGUACAAUAGAAAUGGCAGUUGUCUACAGAAAUGUCCAGGAGAAAGGCCUGUCCCAAUCGCUAUUCCUCGCUGAGAGUGACCAGUGGGAUGCAGUGCUUUGUGCUUUGGUUAUUGAUCUGGAUUUUGAUGGGCAGAAAGAGGUGCUGCUAGGAACAUAUGGGCAGGAGCUUCUCUGUUACAAAUUCCAACACGCAGCAGCAGGAGAGGAGGGACAUUUUCAGUUGUUGUGGCGACGGAGUUUCAAGAGUCCUUUGCUGUCAAUCAUCUACUUAGACCUGACAGGGGAUGGUUUGAGAGAGCUGGCUAUCCUCACGCUGAAGGGACUGCAUAUCUUACAGCAUAGUCUUACCAGCACUGCUGAUCUGGUGCUGAAACGUCUUGCCAGGAGGGUGGAAGCUCUGACCGUUAACUCCAAGCCUGAGCCGACUGAAGAUCGACAAACGCAUGAAAAAAAUCUGCCUAAUGAAGUAUAUCGGUUCUUUUUCUGUUGUAUUGUUGAACGGAAUGGAACUGGUUAA